AUGGGAUCGUCGUGGUCAAGAAAGAAACCCGUGCAAAGAACGGUAGACAUCGAAACGGAAAAGAAACGAGUCACAACAAAUGAGCGAGGUUCACAAUACAACGUGACAGCUGGAGGGAACGUAUAUUUUUUGGGCAACUCACCCAACUUCUCGACGAGCCCAGAAUUCAAGAAGAGACCCUGCCCGCUGGAAGAUGUAGAGCACUCGACGGAUUCACCACAACCCAAAAGAAGACGAUUCGAAGCGAGUGAGAAGAGAGGAAAUGGAGUUCCGGACGACUUUCACCCACGAACUGGAGCGAAUGUUCCAAAAACAAUCCCGCUGACGAAGAAAGAAGAAGCGAUUGCUGCAGGUCUGAAGGUCGAUAGGAAGGCUUAUCAGACAAUGAAUGAUGUCGAAAGCGAUUGGAAUUCCAUUAAGAAGAAGAAGACAAAGGGAACAAAAGAAGAAGAGCCGGACAAGAAGGAUGAGAAAAAAGAAGAGAAGAAGGAAGGAGAAGGAGAGAAGAAGGAGGAAAAGAAGGACGAGUAA